UUCAAUCAUCAUCACCUCAUCUCCACCAUUCUGGCUCCAAAUUUCUCCCUAAAAAUGCGGCCAAUGGCCGCCUUGCGCCACGCGCCAAUUGCUCGUGCCGCACAAUUUCGCGCGCUAGCAGUUUCAUGCGGCAUCGGAAGCCGGGAAACCGCCGCCAAAGUAGCCGCCGUACCUCCUGUCAGCAAGAAAAUGGCACCAGGCGUGUUAAUCGGCAUGUCGGAGUCGGACCUCCAACAGCUCGCUCUCGAAUUCGGACAGGACAAGUAUAGAGGCAAGCAAUUGCAUCAGUUGCUGUACAAGAGGAAGAUUAAAGAGAUUCAGGAUCUUAGUCAGGUGCCAUUGGCAUUCAGGAAUGAGCUUCAGGAAGCAGGGUGGAGAGUGGGUCGAUCGCCUGUUUACAAGGAAGUCACUGCUGCUGAUGGCACUGUUAAGUUGCUCUUAAAGCUGGAAGACAAUAGGCUGGUCGAAACUGUUGGUAUACCGGUUGAAGAUGCAAAAGGCUCAGUUCGACUGACAGCAUGUGUCUCAUCUCAGGUUGGUUGUCCGCUACGCUGUUCCUUCUGUGCUACUGGCAAGGGCGGUUUUGCAAGGAACCUUAAGAGCCAUGAAAUCGUUGAACAGGUUUUGGCACUUGAAGAGAUCUUCAAGCGUAGAGUUACAAAUGUUGUGUUUAUGGGGAUGGGUGAGCCUAUGUUGAAUUUGAAAGAAGUUCUUGAAGCACACCGUUGCUUGAACAAGGAUAUUCAAAUUGGGCAGCGGAUGAUAACAAUUUCAACUGUUGGAGUUCCAAACACGAUCAAGAGACUGGCAUCUCACAAACUUCAAUCUACAUUAGCUGUCAGCUUACAUGCACCAAACCAGAAACUUCGGGAACAGAUCGUGCCAAGUGCAAAGUCAUAUCCUUUGGAUGCAAUCAUGAAUGACUGCAAACAGUACUUGCUCGAAACCAGCAGACGAGUUUCCUUUGAGUACACAUUAUUAGCUGGAGUCAAUGACACGGUAGAUCAUGCAAUAGAGCUAGCGGAGCUUCUUCACAAAUGGGGUCCUGGUUAUCAUGUAAACCUAAUACCUUUCAAUCCAAUAGAUGGCUCUGAAUAUAAGCGCCCCUAUAGGAAAGCGGUCCUUGCAUUUUCUGCUGCUCUAGAGUCUCGUAAAGUCACUGUCAGUGUGCGCCAAACACGAGGAUUGGAUGCCAGUGCAGCCUGUGGGCAACUAAGGAAUGAGUUCCAGAAAGUCCCUUUGCUUGGUGAUGCCAACAUCGAAGAAUCUGAACAAGUUGAAGAAUCUGAACUAGAGAUGGCAGUUUCCUCCUGAUGCCUCAGAAAGUAACUGCUUAUGAGGUUUUGCUAGUCUUCAACAUGUUCUAACCUAGGCCCUUCAUGAUAGCGCUGAAAGAGCUGUGCGUGGAAAGCAUACAUUGGUUUGCCGCUCAAGGAUGAUAUUCAUGGCGACGAGCUGCACGGAUUAGGCUCAAAAUGUAGGUCCGCUGCUGAAUUUAUCAGUGUGUGAAAUCCUAUGACUUGUGAAAGGUUUUCAACACUACAAUGUGCAUUAGGUUACUCUGAAGAUAAGCUUAUAAUGAUAAUGUUUGGCAUAUUAUAUAUAUGCAUGUUUAGAAGCCACAACUUUGUGCAAUUUGUUAGUUGUUACUUGGAUUAUCAUUAUUCUCCGUUUUAUUGUAAAACAUUGAUUCCCCAACUUUGUUAAAAUAUUGGUAAUAGCAUCUAUUUAGCACUAUUUUCA